AUGGAGGGAAGCAGCUGCGACGAGAGCACGAUGAGCGACUCCCCAUCGCUGUGCCGUGUGGGGAUGAAUGCAUACAUGACGGAGUCCGGGCGGAAGUUGCCGUCGUCCCAUUUCAAGGGAGUGGUCCCACAGCCCAACGGGCGGUGGGGCGCCCAGAUCUACGAGAAGCACAAGCGUGUUUGGCUCGGCACUUUCAACACCGAGGACGAUGCCGCCCGCGUCUACGACACCGCCGCCCUCCGCUUCCGAGGCCGCGACGCCGUCACCAACUUCCGCCGUACGCCCGCGGACUCCGUGGAGGAGACCUUCCUGGCGUCCCGCUCCAAGGCCGAGGUCGUCGACAUGCUCCGCAAGCACACCUACGCGGACGAGCUCGAGCAGUGCCGCCGCCACGGGGCCUUCCACCGGCCCCGCAGAGUCCACUCCGGCCCCCGCGACUACCUCUUCGAGAAGGUCAUGACUCCCAGCGACGUCGGCAAGCUCAACCGCCUAGUCAUCCCCAAGGAACAUGCCGAGAAGCACUUCCCCCUCGAAAACAACCACAGUUCCAAGGGGGUUCUGUUGAAUUUCGCGGAUGGAGACGGGAGGGUGUGGCGGUUCAGGUACUCGUACUGGAACAGCAGCCAGAGCUACGUGCUGACCAAAGGCUGGAGCUGCUUCGUCAAGGAGAAGAAUAUUCAGGCCGGGGACGUUGUAGCAUUCCAGAGGUCGGAGGGUCAGCUGUACAUCGACUUUAAGCCUAAAACCUGUCCUGGCUCAGGGUCGGGACUGAGAUCGGGCUUGGGAUCGGGACCGGGAUCGGGAUCGGGGUCGAGAUCGGAUAACGUAGUAAGGCUGUUUGGAGUGGACAUUUUCCAGGUAAAUCGAGGUGGGCCGGCGAGGAGGGAUGAUGAUGAUGACGAUGAUGAUGAUUGUAUGGUGGGUUUGGAGUUGGGGUUUCUGAGGUUGAGUCCCAGCAAGAGACAAAGGUUUAUUGAUGCCUUGUGA